AUGAACCGACCGAGCGAUAAAAUGGAGCAGUCAAAGGACUGUGUUAUUACCAACCGCAGGAUCUUAUGUCAACCAUCCUCACCAGUCAAAGUUGUCUUGGAACAAGUUGAUAUCAGCUACCGCAAGUAUCUAGAACAGCUGAGGGAAAAGAACCGGCAACGUCGUGCAUUGCAAAAGAAAUCUCGUGAAUCUAUCAGACGACAUAGACUGGAGGACGGUUUCAAGUUGUACUUUAAUAUUCCAUCUCAGACUAAAACACCGAUUCCACGUGUAUAUAAAACUGCGAUCGAAAAACCCAAUUCGGCACAUGAAUACAAACGAUCACCAGAUCAGGGAACCCCACUAAAUCAGCCCAGUAACCGUGCUACAAGUGCUCCUAACUCGAAGCGACGCCAACAACCGAGAAGGGCUUGGGUGAGUAGUGUGGGACCAGACAACGAUUACAGGCAGAUUCAAGAAGGAUUACCGGAUUCCAGACGAGUUUGCUCGAAACCAAUGAGCUCACCUGCACCCAGCAAGCCGGCACAAAUGCCUGAAGGAAAGAUUUCUGUGAAAAAUGAAACGAAUGUUCCUCGGUUCCUUGGUUAUCAUUCAGAUGACUUGGACUCACAGCGGGUGCACUAUGGAAAACCGAUCCAGUCGGUUGUGAUCCAACUAGAUGUUUUUGAUAACUGGGGCGACCCAGAUAUCAUAGGGCUGAAUUGUUUGAAGCUUUUUUUGAACGGUAGAGAGUUCUGUCAGGUAACUGCGGUUGAUAUCAAAUGCAUUUUCCUGGAUGGGUCCGAGUUCGAUGACUUUACUAAUUCACCCGAAACGCUGCAACGACUCAUGCUAGCACCUUGUCAUUCCACCAGCCUGUGUGAUUUGUGGAUGACGAAAGCGAGCCGUGUUCCUUUUAGGUUGCUGAUGAAAUUUCAUAAGAUUAUGCAUUCUGCAGUUAUGUCCGAUUUUCAAUUCUUGCAGCUGCGUAUCUGGAAUUUUAACGUUCCAAAUAUGCUUGAAGCUGGGAUAAAAAGCUGCACAUUAUCGAUUGAAAUCAACGAAACUCCAGUUGUCAGUGGUCAUUGCAUACAAGUCAAAAAGGCGAGCGGAAUGUCGUCUGGAGAUAAUGAUACUCUGCUUCAAAUCUUGCUCAGCUCAGAUCAUGAUGGGCAGUGGGAAGCGGGUAAGAUUUUGUCAACCGGUGAAUUGCCGCAUUCAACGGAGCUUGGGCGCAACUGUCCAGAGAUCUCCCACAUAAGUCUGCUUGCUAAUGUGAAUGAAGAUCUACUCACUCAACAACGGUGUGGUCAGCAUAAACGUCCAUUGUCGAAAAGCUUGAAGAAAUUCGACUCUCUGGAAGAGUCAUGGUCGUCACUUGACUUUUUCAACCAUUUUCAUGCUGGCAGACUGUUUUCUGACCGCAACUCUUUCAACGACCCGUAUAAAGUGCAUUUCGGACAAAUAUGCGAUAACAGCUGCAUGCCUAAACUGAGUCGUGACAUUAAAGAUUGCUCAACGAACGUGCCUGUAUCAAAUGUUUCUCAGACAUGUGGUAACGAAUUCGAAAGUCAGGCUCUGGAGGACUCAGAUUUAACAGGUAUACCGACUGCUGAAAUGCAGACUAAACUAUUCUCUCCUUGUCGCCCAUCAGGUCGAGGGGUUAUUAUUCCAGAAUUACCCAGUGGGAGAAGAUUACUGAUAGACAUAAUCAACACAUGGGGUGAUCAUUAUUAUGUAGGCCUGUCUGGUAUCGAGAUAUUUACUACAGAUGGAAAGAACAUCUCCUCAUAUUGUAGUGCUUGUGCGGACCCGGCAGAUAUCAACAUACUUCCGGAAUAUGGACAAGACCCAAGGAUUAUUGACAACAUUUUGGAUGGCGUGAACUGGACUCGGGAUGAUGUUCACAUGUGGUUGACUCCCUUUACAGCAGGUGAGAGACAUCUAAUAGAGAUCACUCUUCCAUUGUGGGCUAGACCGAUAGCAAUGUUGCGAAUAUGGAAUUAUAACAAAUCCCGAGUUCACACAUCACGUGGUGCCCGCGAAAUUAUUAUGUAUAUGGAUGAUGAACCCAUAUUUCAGGGAGAAAUACGCCGAGCAAGUGGUUUGGAGGCGGGAUCUCCAGAGGAAUGCAGUGAAACCAUUUUAUUCACGACGAAUGAUCACAUACUUGAACUGAUUGCCGCAAACGAUGAAACGUUGAAAAUUCAGACUGAUUUGCCUGAUGCGCUUGAUGAGCCAUGUGAUAUCGAAACUGAUUUGCCUGAUGAUGCGCUUGAUGAGCCAUGUGAUAUCGAAAUGCGCCCAGUCACCGUUGUAUCACAGUCUGACGUUCAUUCGGAAGUUACCUCUGAGGAGCAAAAGUUUAUCAGCUCUGCUCUGAAAGAAUUGUCACUUGAAGUGUCUUCUGUGGAGAGUCAUCUGAUUAAUUUUCUUGAUAUUCUUUUACUGGAACCGUGGCAGCCGGACUCCAAACACGUUGGAUUGGCUGGCAUUGAGUUACUGGACGAGAAGUUUCAAUCCAUGCGUAUCGAAGAUGUUUCCGUCUUGAAAGACAGUUCUGUUGUUCAAAAAUCUGUUGGCGCGCUGUUGGAUAAGAAAAACGAUACUAUUGACGCGACAAACAUGUGGUGUUGUGAUUAUGAUCCUCGAUCCAUAUUUCGAUUACGCGUUCGACUCUCCUCUGCUAGCCAAAUAUCUGGGAUCCGAAUUUGGAACUAUAACAGUAGUCACGUCGAACAUGAUUAUGGAGUGAAGUUGAUAAAGCUAGUGGAUGAUCAUGGACACGUUUUGGGGAGAACGAACAAUACGGAUGUCAUUGUGGUGCGACGUGAUCUGGGUCAUAAUUUGUAUCGUAUUGCCCAAUUGGUACUACUGAAGAGGACGUUGGAAAGAGAGCAACUUUUUGAAGUUUAUCCUGCUCUCACCUAUGAAGACACUCAGCACAACGCUCUCCCACUUGGGUUUGUUUAUCAAAUACAGAUAUUUUCUGCUUGGGGUGACGAGUAUUAUGUAGGACUCAACGGUUUACAGCUUCUUGGCCCAACAGGACUUCCGAUUCCAAGAGAGGCUUUUCAUAUCUUCGCAUCACCCAAAUCGGUCGACGAGCUGUACCCAAUGGCGCAGCGGAGUCCGGAUGUUCGGACAGCAGACAAACUUGUGGAUGGCAUCAACUGCGGUCCAGAUGUUGCUCAUCAUUGCUGGCUUGCCCCCAUUUUUCCGGGGAAGGUGCCGAACUUGUUUUUAGUUUUUGAUGAGCCAGUCAAAUUAGCUGGUUUACGAAUAUGGAACUACACAAGAUCACCAGAGCGCGGAGUGCAGGAGUUUUCCGUUCUAGUUGAUCAGCAGCUCAUUUUUCGUGGCUACUUGCCAAAGGCCCAGGUGGACACUUUGGACGGUCUGCUAGCAGAUAGUCGUCGGUCUCGUGUGUUGCCUAACCAAGAGAUGAAUAGUGUUUCACAUCAUCAUUAUACUGUUGCAUUUGAUCAGGAAAUAGUCAAACAGUUCGAUGAAGAUCCCGGAUGUAUUCUUGGUGAUGGUUCCCAUAUAGAUUUUGGCUCAGACGGUUCGGUUCUGAAACUAACGAACGUGGACAGUCGUUUGCAACUUACGUCAACCCAGUGCUCAGGAGUUACUUACUCUGUUCCCCCGGCGAAUCAAACUCUCCGACCACUUACCUGCAUUGAGUUAGUAGACAAAUAUGUUUACCUGGGAACCUGUAUCAGUCCCGGUGGUCUCAUGAAAGAUGAAAUUUCCAUCCGGAUUGGGAAGGCCAGAGCAGCUGUUGUGAACCUGCGUCACCUGUGGCGUAGGGUCGAGUUUACAAUGCUGCGGUGCGCUCCAUAUUACUAUACGGAUCAGAAACCUGGUCGCUACGCGCCAAGGACGUCAAAAGACUUUCAGUGUUUGAACACUGAUGUUUUCCGGGCAUUGCCAGAAUCUAGUGCGAACACCGGAUCAGUGAUGCUGAAGUUCGUCGAAUGGUAUUCGGAAGAAAUAACUCACCCUCGAUAG